GAGAGAUACAGUUGGAUCGAAAACACGUGUGAAACGAGUAUCGUGAUUUUCGAUAUCAAUAGAGAUCGACGAUCGACGUGAAACAUAUCGAUAUUGUGGUAAUGAAGAAAUAAAUACGAUGGCAGUCAGGACGGUUCCUUCAUUUAAGUAUGAAAGUUACGUAAAUUCCUCUGUAUAAAUACACUCGUCUAUUUUUCUUCUUGAUAUUACUAAAAAAAAAAAAAAGGUGUGUAUAUACAAUGUGCCGGAGAUUGACGUAUGUUGAUUAAAAAAUGAGUCUUACAAAGGAGCUUUGAACGAUUGUUACACCGACAUCUGUUCUAAACACGUUUUAUACCAUGAAAGAUAAAUCGGAGGAAGAUCGAAAUAAUUCUUGUACAAUAAUUUCGAAUGAAGCAAUACGACACGUAGAAGUUUGGAAAAAUCUUGUGGCAGAGGUGUCAUUUGCACCCAAUUGAAUAGCACAAUGACGUAGAUGGAAACGGAAAAUUCGAUCUAAAGAGAAAAUAAACAGAAUAAGUACAAUAAAGAAGAUCAGCAUGUAUCAAUUACUACAUCUUCGUAGUCGCCCUUUGCGAACGCUUAUUUUAGGAUUGAUCUGUUUGACUUUCUAUGCGUAUUAUCGCACCACCCUCUACGAUGUUCCUCAGUAUACUGUACCACGAAAUAUUAGUCGAUCUGCAUCUCAGGAGAUUUAUAAGCAACGAUCAAAUGCCACUGUAGAGAUUCAUAUAGGAGCUUUGUCCAAGAAUGACUCUCCAGAAUUAUCUGUCAUUGAGCCUUACAGUGUACAGAAUGCUAAUCUCUCAAAUGUUGUGAUUACUAUACAGUCAACAUCUUCUAGUUCUCAAAUUGCAAACAUAUCAGUUGUUGUUCCCAAGCAAAAUAGUGAAAAACCAUCUGUUCAAAUGGAAAAGAUUGUGAACGAGACCAAAGCUGUCUCUGUGCUUCCUAAUGAGUAUUCUGCACGUGCUAUUUAUGAAGCUGGCCAUAUGGUACCAAUCCCAGAAAGAUGUCCAAAUUUUGGUAAAGAAAUGGAUCUGGUAAUAAUAAUAAUGUCUGCGCCGACUCAUCUAGAUGCUAGAAUGGCAAUACGACAAACAUGGGGUCAUUUUGGCCAGAGAACCGAUAUUAGUAUCUUGUUCAUGUUAGGUGCAACUAUAGAUUCCAAAGUGGAAACAAUUUUGAGAAAAGAACAGAAAACAUAUAACGACGUGAUACGAGGAAAAUUUUUAGAUUCCUAUUCUAACUUGACGCUUAAAACAAUCUCUACUCUUGAAUGGGUAGAUAGUUAUUGCUCCAAGGUUAAAUUUAUUUUGAAGACUGAUGACGACAUGUUUAUUAAUGUUCCACGUUUACAAGCUUUCACAAUUAAGCAUGCAAAAGACAAGAACGUAAUAUUUGGUAGACUAGCUAAAAAAUGGAAGCCAAUUAGAAACAAAAAGAGCAAGUACUAUGUAUCUCAAGCGCAAUUUGAACAUGCUACUUUUCCAGAUUUUACUACUGGACCAGCAUAUCUUUUGUCCAGCGAUAUUGUACGAAAGUUGUACGAUACUGCAUUAGACCAAACAUACCUUAAACUUGAAGAUGUUUUUGUGACUGGUAUAGUGGCAAAUAAACUGGGAAUUAAAAGGACGCAUGCGAACGAAUUUUUAAAUAAAAAAAUAUCGUAUAGUGCGUGUAAUGUACAACGAGGUAUUAGUAUUCACAUGGUCAAGUAUAGCGAACAAUUUGAUCUAUGGAAAAAAUUACUUGAUGGCAAAAGCAAGUGUAAAUGAUAAAUAACAGCGAAGAAAGUAGGUGUUUGAGAUUUGCAAAUUACAAUUAUGUCGUUCGAUAAUUGGUUGAGAUUCAACUAUGCUCACAGUUACAGGAAACAAAUAAUGAUAGUAUUUAUACUAUCAUUAUAUUAUAAUGAUAUUAUCAUAAUAUAGUAGAAUCUCUUUAUUAUAAUAUUUAUACUAUACUGCGUUGAAUCAAUUCGUGUCUUUUUCUUUUUUCUUUUUCAUUCUCUUUGUCAAAUCGAAUAAGUACAGAAUUUAUAAUUUCAGAUUAUAUAUUCUAAAUACUUUUUGCGUUCCUUCAUAACAAUCAUUCCCGAGCAUAAAUAAUAAUUGUACGUGAACGAACAGUUUGUAGUUUCAUGCUUGAUCUAUUCAUAAUAUUCAAACGUCACAAUCAGACAAAAAUAUUCAUAAUAUACUUAAUAUUUUAAUAUCUGUAAAUAUACAAGAAAUAGGAAAGCUUCCUACAUGCACAAUUUUACGCGGUCAUUUCGAUUAACAUCUAAGUACUUAUCAUAAAAUGAACGUCGAUCGGAGGUUUAAAGCUAUUUCCUCUAAACAAAUACUUCUUACAAGAUUUUUUGUUCAGAUGUAA